UGAUCUCUCCCUCCCCUACGCACUCUCCCUGGUUUCCACCAGAUAAAUGCCUGCGAGGCUGUCAGGGUUUCUGCACUCAGCUCCAAGCAAUAGGACAUCUCUGCAGCUCCUCAGGCCAGCUCUUGCUUCAGCACGAGCAGUGGGAAAGCACAGCUUGCCUAAGGAGAGCUCGGGAGGUCGAGUGCAUAGAUGCAUACAAAUCCUUCGAACGAAAUGGCUUUGACUUCUAAUGCUUCCAACAAAAAAGAGACAGUGUGCAUAUUUGGAACAGGAGAUUUUGGGAGAGCUCUGGGCUAUAAAAUGAUUCAGUCUGGCUACUCCGUUGUGUUUGGAAGCCGACAGGCACAGACAUCCAGCCUGAUUCCCAAAGAUGCAGCGGUAUUGAGCCACACAGAGGCUGCACAGAAAGCUGCCAUCAUCAUUAUAGCAAUCCCAAGGCAACAUUACAACUUCCUUAUACCAUUGGCAGAAAUUCUCCAUGGAAAAGUGUUGGUGGAUGUAAGCAACAACUUAAAAUUAAACCAGUAUCCUCAAUCCAACGCAGAGUACCUUGCUCAGCUGAUCCCAGGUGCUAAGGUUGUGAAAGCCUUCAACACUGUGUCAGCCUGGGCCUUGCAAUCCGGCACACUGGACGCAAGCCGACAGGUAUUUGUCUGUGGAGAUGACAAGAAAGCUAAACAGAUGGUGAUGGAUAUUGUUCGUGCACUGGGUCUCACACCAUUAGAUCAGGGAUCUCUCUUGGCUGCUCAGGAAAUAGAAAAUUACCCUUUGCAGCUCUUUCCAAUGUGGAAGUUCCCCAUCUUUUUGUCUCUUGGCCUAACUGCAUUCUUCUUCUUCUACUGUUUGACUCGUGAUGUAAUUUACCCUUAUGUUUAUGAAAAAACAGAUUUUUCAUUUUUUAUUGCAAUUUCCAUACCAAAUCGGAUCUGCCCUAUAGUGGCACUCAUCCUUCUUGCCUUGGUCUAUCUUCCUGGUGUACUUGCUGCAAUUAUUCAGUUAUACAGAGGUACCAAAUACAGUCGUUUCCCAGUCUGGCUGGACAAAUGGAUGCUGUGUAGAAAACAACUUGGACUAGUAGCCUUGGCAUUUGCUUUUCUACAUGUUUUGUACACUCUUAUCAUCCCAAUUCGCUACUACGUAAGAUGGAGAAUGAAUAGCAGAGUCCUCUCACAGGCACUGAACAACAGAACAGAUCCAUUUAUUAACACUAAUGGCUGGCUUAGUGACUCUUAUUUGGCUUUGGGGAUUUUAGGAUUUUUUUUAUUUGUUCUGCUGGGAAUAACUUCCUUGCCUUCAGUCAGCAACAGCGUCAACUGGCAAGAAUUUCGAUUUGUACAGUCCAAGCUGGGAUAUCUGACACUGAUUCUGUGCACUGCACACACACUGGUUUAUGGUGGAAGUCGGUUCCUGAAUGCUUCAUCAUACAGAUGGUAUCUUCCAAACGCCUACAUGCUCUCUCUCAUUGUUCCCUGCACUGUACUGGUUGUUAAAUUUGUACUCAUAUUUCCUUGUCUAGACAAACCACUCACACAAAUUCGACAGGGUUGGGAGAGGAAUCCUCGAUACUCAGAACACUCAAACUACAUUAUCAACAAGUCUGCUGUAUAAUUAGACCAAUCUGCAUUAUCAAAAAUGAAAAAAAAGAUUAUGGAGGCAGUAUCAAAAUGAAGCCCAUAUUGACCUUUAAUUGGAGGGUGAGCAAAAAAGUGAAAAACAUGGCAAGGCCCUGAGUAAAAUAAAAUCACCCCAGUCACGAGAUUAAGUUAAACAAGGGGCCAGUUGAGCUCCUGCGCUCCAUGUAUGCUUUGACACAGGAGUAGGCCUUCAGUUGUGCUCAGUAUAUUUUCCCCUCAUCUAUCUGUCCUCUAUUCCUAACAGGAAUAUGAGAGAAGAAAAUGAUGCCCAGUGUCCCUCCUUUGUCACUCUGCAUCUCACCCUGGGCUGGGCAGAACCAGAGAAACCUCUGCUGUUACAUGAUAUCUGCUUUUCUUCCCCAUCCUGCCCAUGCAAGCUCAGGCCUACGAGCUCCUAUCAAGGAGACUCACACGCGCGCGCACACACACACACACAUGCACACACACACACACACACACACACACAUGCACACACACACACGCACGCACGCACGCAUGCACGCACACACUCUGAUCCCACCCCUGAAGCCAGUGGCAUCUGUAGAACAGGACCAGAAUGGAUACUGGCUGAAGAAGAGCUCUGCUCUUCACAGCAUUACUCUAUCCUCCAUCAACAUCUGAUCCAAAAGAUACUCAUACUUUAGAGAUACUGGAGCAAGAUUUGUUCAUUUGGUUUGUGUACAGGAGUUGUGAUGUUCGAAGUGUAUGGGCCAAGGACUACUGAACCUUUGUUUUACUGUAGUACUACAAAUGUAGCUGGCAAGGGGAGGGAGGAGAGACAAAAUGCCAGAAAGACCUGAGAUGGUGUGGUCACACACCUAAGCUUCUCCACAGGUACAUGUGAAAAGUAGCCAGUAAUUCUGUGUAUGCAGUGGGCUGUAAGGAAAGAAACUGAAGGAAAAUCCUAUUAUAUCAGGGGUUUGUAUUAUAUAUCAAGAUUAUCAUGAAGAUAGUAUUGCUAAUUUUUCCAGAAAGAAAUCCUUGGGUGCAAUAUUAAAGAUAUUCUAUGGAAAAUACACUUAUCUUAACCACAAUAAAGAAAAUUCCUUAAA